AUGCAUUUACCGCUGCAAGCAGCAUCACAGAUGGAUCUGACCGAGGUUCUGCGAGGGACCUGCAGCAAGUCCCAAAUAGUACCAGACCGUCGGCAUAUGAACCGUCCACCCCCAACCCGGAAAGCAAGUCCCCCGGAAAUAUCGUUAGAGACUUAUCUUGACGCGGCUGUAUCAAUGAAGAACGCAACAUCCAGGCAGAAAGUAGUCGUUGUGGGAGCAGGUCCAGUUGGCUGCUUAGCUGCCCUGUAUGCGGCACAGCGAGGCGACCACGUAGAAGUUUAUGAACUUCGUGAAGGUGAGCUAGUGCUACUUCAGCUACGCCGUGCGGCAGCACCUUGGAGAAACUUGCGGUUGAUCCCAUUACUAGAUCCUCGCAUGUGCCACCCCAGCCAAUGCUCGACCACAUCGGGUGCAAUUGGGUUGGUCUUGUCGGAAAGAGGCCUCAGUUCUAUCCGUGGACUCCAAAACCCAGCACUUCUCAGUCUCAUUGAAGCCAAGACCGUUCCCAUGUACGGGCGGAUGAUUCAUGGGCGCUACCCAUCUGGCGAGCAGUGGCAGAAGGCACAGAAUUACGACAACGUAAACGGAAAGUUUACUAACGCAACGGAUCGCUUACAUCUGACCAAUGUCCUGCUAGACGAGCUAGAAAGAACUGCAAACAUCAGCGUGUUCUUUAAUCAUAAAUUUACCGGGGCCAAUUUGAGAACAAAUCAAGCCUUUUUCCAAUUUGGUCAGGGGAAUCUCAACCCACGGCAUGUGGAUGCCUCGUUCGACAUGAUUAUCGGUGCGGAUGGUGCCUACUCUGCCACGCGAUCCCAAUUAAUGAAACAUACGCCGAUAGACUACCAGCAGAAGUAUGAUGAUAUUCGCUGGUGUGAGAUACAGAUCACCGAGCAGGCAGGGUCAAAUCAGCUUUCCCGAAAUCACUUACAUAUAUGGCCCGGCCGCGAAUCCAUGUUUGUUGCGGUUCCCGCACCCGGUGGCACUUUCACGUAUACACUCUUCGCCCCCUCCUCGCACUACUCGGCGUUCUGUGAUUCACCAAGCGGUGUGGCGGCGUAUUUUGAUACCCGUUUUCCUGGCGUAUCACCAGAUCUCGUGGACCCCAGGUCUCUCCAGAAGCAGCUCAUGGCCAAUCCCCACCUUCCGCUAGUGGGGACAAAGUGCUCCCCAUAUCACAGUGGUCACAACGCCGUGCUUGUCGGCGAUGCUGCUCAUGCUGUUCUUCCGUUUUAUGGACAGGGCCUCAAUGCGGGCAUGGAAGAUGUUUCUCGACUUUUCGAGCAUCUAGACAAUCAUGGGGUAUAUCAAUGUGCGAGGAGCCAAAUCGCAACUGCUCGUGCUUCUGCGUUGGAGGCAUACAGUUGUCAGCGCGUGCCAGAUGGACAUGCGAUUUAUGAUCUGUCGCGUGCCAACUACCUGGAAUUGCGUUGGGGCGUUCUCUCAUCUCUGCAUCAGCUACGCAAGAUAGUCGAGGAAGCGAUUUGCAAGUACCUACCCCAGUUAGGCUGGGCGACACAGUAUACGCGAGUAAGCUUUACCACCCAGUCCUAUUCUGAGAUUGUUCGGGCGAGUGCAAGCCAGGAAAGAGUUCUUGUUCUGGCCUCGGCGGUCCUGGUUGCUACGACAGUUAUCUCUGCGUGUCGCCUAUUGGUCUAG